AUGUCUGGUGUUUCUUGUAGCGGUCCAUAUUUCUUUCUUGAUGAUUUAUAUUUAGAUCUGAUGCAAUUGCCUCAAGAACUUGAAUCAACGGAAAUUGAAUCAAGUGCAAACACAUCAAGAAUGGAAAGUACUCCUGAAGUGGUUGUUAUCGGAUCGAAUGAUGGAGACGACGUUGUAGCAGCCGUUGAUGUUUGUGAGUGCAUCCAUUGUGGUGAGAAGAUAAAGAAACUUAAAGAUGGAACCACCACACCAUUGCAUAGGCAUAUUAGUGAUUGCCCAAAGUUAAAAGCCGUCAACACCAUUCAUCCAGGUCAGUUAAAGUUAAAGGUUGUGCCGGGGAAAUUAGAUUCUUCUAUGGUCCAAAACUGGAAAUUUGACAAUAGUAGGAUUAGAGAGAAAGCUAACCCCGGGUUUAACAAGAUUUCACGUGCAUCGGCUAAGCAAGAUUGUGUUGCUAGUUAUGAGAUAGGCAAGAAAAGAAUCAAGAAAAUGUUAAGCGUUGUCAAUCGUGUGAGUAUAACAACUGAUAUGUGGACGUCGGUGCAAAAUAUUCAUUAUAUGGUUGUUAGUUGUCAUUUUGUAGAUUCCGAUUUCAAGCUUAACAAAUGCAUAUUGAGUUUAGUUGAUGUACCACCACCUUAUUCUGGACUAUGUAUAUAUGAUUCCCUCUUUAAGUGUUUAAAAGAGUGGAAUAUUGAGACAAAGGUUGCUACUUUGACGGUUGACAAUGCUACAACUAAUGAUGUGGUGGCUACAAAGUUGAUGGAAAUUAUGAACUUUCAGAAAAAGCUUAUUGUUGGGGGGAAGUUAUUCCAUGUGCGGUGUUGUGCACACAUUCUCAAUUUGUUGGUUCAAGAUGGUUUAUCGGAAAUUAAAGACAUUAUUCACAAUGUUCGUGAGAGUGUGAAACAUAUGAAUGCCUCUCCGGGUCGAUUGCAUAUAUUUAGCGAACUUUCCAAGCAAAUGACCUUAUCAAAGAAGCAUUUGAUCUUAGAUGUUAGUACCCGAUGGAAUGCUACGUAUGCUAUGUUGUCUACGGCCUUGGAGUUUAAAGACGUGUUUGBAAAUUAUGCCGAUCGAGAAUCGACAUACAAGACCUUGCCGACCUCGGAAGAUUGGGACAAAGUUGAAGUUAUUUGCUMAUUCUUGGGGCUUUUCAACGAGGUUACAAAAAUAAUUUCAGGCUCCGAAUAUCCCACCUCUAAUUUGUUUCUUAGUGAGUUGUAUGGAAUUAAAGAAGCAUUAGAUGAUUUGUCUUUAGAUGAGAGUAAAUAUAUGAGAGAUAUGGCUCUCAAGAUGAAAAAGAAAUUUGACAAAUAUUGGGGUCGUGUAGAUAAGGCAAAGAACAAGCUCGAGUAG